CCCAUAGUGCACCGGGCGUCCACCCCCAUCAGCGCUUUCCCUCUUCUCGCAGCCUGAGUUUCUGUCUAUCGGUGUUGUUGUUGAUGCGAUGAUGGCGGCAGCGGGAUGCGGAUCAGCAACCGCGGCUGCCGUUGUGGGCGCGGCGCGGGGUCGCUUCCCCGGUCGGCCUUGGUCGUCGCGGAGCCGUUUGCGUUCGGAGAAGCGAUGGCAGCUCGGCCGCUCAGGGACAGAUCUUGACGAGAUCUCCUCCAACGGAGGCCCGAGGCCCACCUGCCUGGUGCUCGCGCUGAACGAGGACCAGUCUCACUUGCGCCUUCUCGGGCUUGAGGAGAGCUACAAGAGCCUGGGAGAGGCUGGAUACAGCUCGAGUGGGAGCGAAGAGGGAGCUGAAUUCAAAGGCUUUGAAGUUCAAGAUGAAAAUAGCAGUGCCCCGGUUCGUGCUGGACGAAAAUCAUGUAAACGUGAUCGUGUUUCAGCAAAGUCGUCAAAGAGGAUACGUCAAAGGCGGGCUCUUCCAGUGUCCCCUUUAGUGGGAAGCACAGGUUCACAAGAUCCUCAAAAUGAUUCAGGUUCUGUUCAGCAACUCCACAGUCAAGAGUCUCUGAAGGACACAUCAGUAGAUGAUGGUGGGGGUGGUGAUGGAGGAUCAGAGAAGUGCACCAGGAGAAAAAGAGGAUUGACAAAACAAAAGACCCAGUCGACUCCGAGAAUCACAAUCAAGUUGUUGGCUAAAAAGAAAGUGGUUACAGUCCCGUCAGUGCAACGUAAAUCUGGUAAAAAACAAAAGGAAAUCAAAUCUGAAGUUACAGAGAGUCAGUGUGCCCAAAUCUCAAGUGCUCAUGUGAAAUUAAAGACAAAUGUAGCAGCCAGUGAAUGCAGUGCUAGUGAGGCAAAGGAGGAGGUUUGCACUAGAAGGCGAGGAAGAUCUGCUGACAAAAAAUUAGAAUCCACUCCACAAACAAAUCCUGAAAAAGAGGGCAAUGAGCAAAAACUGAAGCUGAGGAAAUCAACUCGAAGGUCUCAAAAUCCACUGCCCAGUGAAAAUAUAGAGUCAAAACCUGAUGAAAAGUCAGCAAUAGAAGCAUCAGAGGUAAAUAAGCUUGUGAUUAUGAGGCAGCGCAGAAGGUCCUCAAAUGUUCCACAGGAAUCUCGUGACCAGAGUUUAGUAGAGUCGAUGUUGGAGGUCUCCACAAUUGAUGAAUCCAGGCCACUUUCAAAGAAGAAAAAAGAUAAAAAGAAAAAGAAGAAGAAAAAUCGCAAAGAAUCUGAAAGGAAACCAGAGCCUCAUUCACCAUCAGCAAAAGAUCUUGGCCCUUCAGCUGAUGAUCCUCAAAAGCUCGCUUUCGACAAUGAUUUUGUCGGAAUUCCAGGUCUAAAACUAACCAGGAUACGAAACCCAAAAGCCCGGUCUCGCAAGAAACGCUGCAAGUUUGUGUGGACUCUCACUCUGGUGAAAAGCAAAAGCAAAGAUUCCCAAAUCCAAGAGAAUUUAAGUAAUACUCAAGAAAGCAAAAGCAAAGAUUCCCAAGUCCAAGAUGAUCUCAGCAAAACACAAGAAAUCAAAAGCCAAGAUUCUCAAAUCCAAGAGAGUCAGAGCAAAGUAGAUGAAAGCCCCAGUACAGAGGCAGAACUUCCUCCUAAAUGUGAUGAGGAAGUAGAUGUUUCUACAGAAGCAGAAUCCACAUCCACUCCUUCGAACAUUUUGGAAACUGGCUCUUCACAGGAGUCACAAAACGUAGAGAACACUGUCGGUGCUGUAAUUCCCGAAAGCACAGAGAACCCCGUGGCCAUUGAGAAGGUUGAGGAGACCCCAGAAAAGGAAAGCAAGGGGGUUCUUGAAAGGUCAGAAAUUGCAACAGAAGCACAUCCAGAAGAGGCCACUCAGACGGACCCUGAAGAUCUGAUCAGUAAGGAUGCCGUUCCACCACUUCAAAUCAAAGUUGUCUCCUCACCAGGUAAAAAAAACUGUCUAAAGCAGUCCUUCUUAAUUCAGCAAGUCACAACCUCACCUGAAAGAAAAGAACCCUCAAAAGUUGAAGACCCUCAGCAUUCAGAGAAGAGUGAGAAUGUGUUAGAAAUUACUGCUGCCGCUCCCACCCCAAAAGUAAGGAAAAGGCAACAUCAAAACACUGCUCGGAAGAAGCGUGCAAAACAUAAACACUGGACAAUUUACAGGCGAAAAUGUAAAUUGAAUGCAUCUCAAGAAAACCCCGCUUCUGAAACUGAAACCGAAUCUCAGGUGGAGGAAUCAUCAGUAUCACCAACAGCAGUCCCAGCACCUGUAGAAUCCAAACCAAAUAGGCAUUCAAGUGAAGUUAUGCAUAAAAUAGGUAAAAGGUCAGCUCCACCAACUAUAGAACCAUUACCUGAAGCCGCCAAACCUCAGGUCAUCGAACAAACUGUUGAACCACCUCCAACCAACCCAUUUCUUGGGACAGAACCCCAGCCAGAAAUAAAACUUGAGGCACCAUCAAUUGAAACUGAAGAGGUUCUAGUAUUAGAGCCUUCCGUAAAAGAUCACCCACAGGUGCCUCGUCCUUCACGCAGGCGAAUAAAACGGGUCAAACGAAGACGAAAAUCUUUGAUUGGCCGGCGGAUUAAAAACUCAAAAUUGCAAAAGAAGGAGUUGUUUGAGGUUAGUAAUGAUUUCCCACCGAUAACGAGUAGUAGAAAGUCUUCUUCUGAAGUAGAAGAGCCUAAACUCUUUGGUAUAUUCUCAACAAAGUACAAGAGGAAACGAAUAUCGAGGCUUCAGUCAUUAGAGGGUAGACGGAAAAAGGCCAAGCUCUUAUCAAAGCAACUGGAUAACACCAACGGAGAUCAGCUUUCCGAUCAGACAGAAAGGGAUUCUGUCAUUGUGAAAACUGACCGAGAUCAGGACAUCCAACAAAGCAAAACGAAGUUCAUGAAAACUAUUAGACAUUUCAUAAUGCCAGUCGUGAGCGCCCGAUCCUCUCGGGUUAUCAAAACGCCAAAGAGGUUCAUGGAUGAUCUUGGUAUGUCAGGCCUUCCUCGCAAGAACUCCCAAAAGAAGCUUGGCCUACAACCAAAAUCAAAGAAGCGUGAUUCUAGUGAAAAAGGUGAACCUGAAUCCUUUCAGUUUAAGGAUGAAGAUAACGAUCUGAGUGAAGCUGAUCUUGAUUUGUCUUCCACUUGGGAAUCAAAACCUAAAUCACCCAAUGAUGCUGAGAUCUUCAGUGAGGAGAAGCAGCCUGGGAAAAGACGAUCGCUACUCCGAGAUCCCAGUUUCAAAUGGGGAGUGCUGGAGCCUGCCAGUGACGACGUGUAUGCCUUCAAUGAAGAUCUUGACAAGGAGUUGGAUACCUUGCUAUCUGCCAAAGCUUUUACAGUGGACCCGUUUCUUGAUCCCAUCCAAAAGAAGAAAAAGUCCACCAAAUUCAAAGUGCAAUCAUCAAAAUUGAGGUUAUACAAAAAGCUUAAACUCAAACAGAGUCUGGCAAGGCGUAAAAAGACCCCAAAGGACAAAAUGAUUCAAGUUGUAUCAUCCCCUGCUAAGACACAGAAGGAGGAGUUGGAAGAAGGGGCCAGUCUAAUAAAGUCUCUCAAAGACAUGAAGAAGGAAAAAGCUAAACUCAAGAUUGAGGAUCUCAACACCCCUGGGGUUGUUCGCAAAGUCUCCAUCUGUGUCCGAGCUCUGAGUGCCAAGUUGCUGGCGCAACACCAGGCGAAAGACAUCCAAGAGGAUGACCUGCCAGAUGAGUUCUCCAUUCAUACAGACAUCUCACUUCCAAACAAAUGUAAAGACUUUGAUGAGAUGCAUCACGCAGAUUCAGAAGGGCCGGUUUCUGAGGGUACUCCGAAACAUGCCGCUGACGUUGAGGAGAAAACUGCCAUUCAGCACCCUCGCCUUACAGGAGUCAACAAGCGCAUGUUCAACCUUCUCAAGAAAGCCAAGGUUCAGCUCAUCAAAAUAGACCAGCAGAAACAGCUGAAGUCAUCUGGGCUCUUGCCAAUGGGUAGAAUCACUGCAACAAAGAGACCGAGACGAAAACCGAAAGAGCGGCUUGAAAAUGCCUGUGCCAACAAGACUGAAGCUUCUCCAGAGCAGGAACCUGCCAGAGGAGGGCCUCGCAUUAAGCAUGUAUGCAGAGCUGCAGCUGUGGUUUUGGGUCAGCCUCGUGCCAUGGUCCCCGACGACAUCCCCCGACUCAGUGCACUACCCCUGCACGAGAGAUCAGAUAUAUCCCCUUCACCUGCAGAAAAAGGAGUUGAGUCUCACUCUGACCCAGAAAGCCCUGUAUUACAAGAACACAGGACACCCAAGUUUCGCCGUGGUAGGGCUCACUUGUUUGGCAACCGGUCCCGACGGUGUGGGGAGUGUAAAGGUUGUCUGCAUGAGGAGGACUGUGGCAGGUGCAUAAACUGCUUGGACAAGCCCAAGUUUGGCGGCCCCAACACAAAACGGCAGUGCUGCAUAUACAAGAGAUGUGAUCAGGUUGAGGAAAGGAAGGCCUUGAGACUAAGUGGCAAGCUCCAAAAAGGGUAUGUGAAGAAGCGGCGCUCAUCGAUAAGUGCGGGGCACUCAAGUAAUGAGGAAUGUGAGGGCAGUGAUGGGAUCGGGCGAAUGUUUCCAGCCUCUCUAGGUGACAGUCCGUCUGUGCGGAAACAGCCCCGCCGACAUGUAAAGCCACGUUCCUACUGCGACCUGCUGGAUUACGACUCUGACUUUGACUGGAUAGGAGGAUCAAAUUCCACCUCCCCAGCCCGCAGAAGAACUCCUGGCCUUCGCAACUCAGAUUUUGUGUCAUUCGACGACUUCAUUGGCGAUGCUUUUGACGAGGGAGUGCGGCAUCGCAGACCAAGCUUCCACAAGGUUCCACCCAUUAAACGGAAAGUUGAGAAGAGCCCUCAGGACCAGACACCGCCCAGCGUCCUUGCAGCCCUCGCCAAUGGUUUUGCAGAGAGAGAACAGGAGCCCGCAGAGCCCACACACAAGAUCCGUGUUGAUUUUAAGGAGGACUGUAGUGUGCAGAGCGUGUGGGCGACAGGAGGUCUGAGCAUCCUUACUUCUGUACCCCUCGUGCCCCAGUAUGUCUGCCUGCUGUGUGCCAGUAAAGGCCAGCAUGAGAUGCUGUAUUGUCAGGUCUGCUGUGAGCCUUUCCAUCACUUCUGCUUGGACCCUUCAGAGCGCCCACUGGAGGAGAACAAGGAGAACUGGUGCUGUCGGCGCUGCAAGUUCUGCCGAGUUUGUGGAUGCAAGAAUAAAGAAUCCAAGCCUCUGCUGGAGUGUGAAAGGUGUCAGAAUUGUUAUCAUCCUGCCUGUCUGGGUCCAAACUACCCCAAACCCAACAAACGUAAGAAGCCUUGGGUUUGUAUGACAUGCAUCCGGUGCAAGAGUUGUGGUGUGACCCCAGGAAAGAGCUGGGACACCGAGUGGAAUCACGACAAGGGUCUGUGUCCUGACUGCACUAGGUUGUUUGAUCAAGGUAACUACUGCACCAUGUGCUUCAAGUGUUAUGAAGAUAAUGACUAUGAUAGCCAGAUGAUGCAGUGCUCCACAUGUAACCACUGGGUCCAUGCUAAAUGUGAAGGCCUCACAGAUGACUUGUAUGAAAUCUUGUCGAGUCUGCCUGAGAGUGUGGUGUACUCCUGUCAGCCGUGCUUACAAGAGCAGCCUGAUGGAGAGGACGUUAAUGGAGCAGGAUGGAGGGAACUGCUCGACCACGAGCUGAAGACUGGUUUAGAGAGAGUGCUGUCUUGCCUGCUGAGCUCCAGCCUCACUAAGCACCUGGUCACCUGCAAGAAGUGCACUACAGUGGGUUCCCUGAACACUGUGGAUGGAAAUUUGCCUGUCUGUGACUUCCGUGCUAUUGGAAAGAAGUUUGAUGAAGGCCUGUACACAUCCUUGAAAUCCUUUCAUGAGGAUGUGGUGACAGUAAUUCGCAAUUACUUGGAAGAUGAGGAAUUUUUACCGGAGGACCAAAGACCCACUGCCCUUUCCCGCUCGUAUUACCUGAAGCUCUUAGAGGAAGUUUAUGCGUGGUUUAACAGUCAGGACCCUAAAAUAUGGGAUCCACGCUCCAAACAUCUGCCAGCCGGUAUGCUUUCACAUGCUGUGAUGCCACCAAAUUAUGAACAUGUUUAUGCUCAAUGGCGUGAGAGAGAUGGAUGUCAUAAGGCUUUGGACGGCGCCCCACAGAGUACUGGAAGACACAUGGAUGUUAAAUUGGGAGAAGAAGAGGAUGUGUCCACACCUUUAGCCCAUAACCCUAAAGGAUACUUUAUGGACACAAGGGCGUUACAAAUGAAUCUGAAAGGGAAGAAGGGUCGGCCUGCUAAAUCCGACCUGGACACAGGUUUGGACGACGAGAGACAGUGCGCUCUGUGUCAAAAAUACGGUGAUGCAAAGGCCAGUGAUGCAGGGAGGUUGCUCUAUCUAGGGCAGAAUGAAUGGGCUCAUGUAAAUUGCACCAUGUGGUCUGCAGAGGUGUUUGAGGAGGACAAUGGCUCACUUCUGCAUGUUCACAGUGCUGUUGCACGAGGUCGUCUGAUGCGCUGUGAACGGUGUAACCGAACUGGGGCAACAGUAGGUUGCUGCCUUACUUCGUGCCAGAGCAACUACCACUUCAUGUGCGCCCGCUUUCGCAACUGUGUCUUCCAGAAUGAUAAAAGAGUUUUCUGUCACAAGCAUCGUGACCUUAUAAGUGGAAAAAUCAUCACUGGUCAAGGGUUUGAAGUACUUCGGAGAGUUUAUGUGGAUUUUGAAGGGAUUAGUUUUCGCAGAAAGUUUUUGACUGGAUUGGAGCCGGAGUCAAUCAAUUUAAUGAUAGGUUCUUUGCUAGUAAAAAAGCUUGGAAAGCUGAGUGAAUUAUCUGCCUGUCAUGGAAAACUUUUCCCCGUGGGUUAUGAAUGCUCUCGCUGGUAUUGGAGUACUGUAAACCCCUUACGUCGAUGCAAAUACACAUUUCGUGUUAGGGAGGUUCGGCCAACUGUUCAGGAAAAACCAGUGGAAGAGUCGCCCGAUCAUGGAGAAAAUUGCACAAUUGCCCAUAGCCCAUGGCCCCAGUCAGAAUCUGAAGCCCCGGGAGUGGAUUUGUCUUCAACUAAUCCUUCCACUGAAACAAAUUCCACCUCUGUAUCUGUCUUUGCCAAACCGGACAUUGGUGCUCGUCCCAAAAUCCCUUUAUACCCCCAGAACAGAAGACCUGCUGGAGGACUAUCCAGACCACUGCCUUCUCCAGGAGCUGCCCCAUCCAAACCUCACCACAUCCUGACUAUUAGUGAUUUGGAUGACACUCGAAGGCCACGACGGCAUAGCCCACACACCCAGAAUAUUGGUACCCGCAGUCACAUGACCUCCCCUACUCUUGGAUCCCCUGCAGCCCCAAUUGCAUCUAGAGCAGGUGGUUCCCACCACCCUAAAACCUCCCAGCCUACCUCCCCAGUUUUCCCCCUUGGUGCUACUGAAAACCUGCUGACCUCUUCAUCAGCUCGUCCUGUCGGUCGAAGUGCUUCCUCAGUCCGGGGUUCUGGAAUAUUGACACCCCAUUCUACCUCAGGACUAUUUUCACAGUCCACAAGGCAAGGUGGCAUUAGCAGCACCCCUUGCACCAACCAAUCACUCACAUCUCCCACCCACCUCUCCACAAGACCAAUGCCUUUUGAUUUUAAUCAGAUAGACUCUGUUGAACUUCCACAUAAUUUUAUAGCAUCACCACGGGAGCAUCCAGCAGAAAAUGGUGCCUUGCCAUUAUUAGGAGACACUUUGGGUACACAAAAAGGUAAUCAUCUAGGCAGAGACAGGGAUUUCCCUUACACAUCCUUCCACUUAGAGGCGGACCUGACUGUGGCACCUGAGCUGAGAACUGAGCUUGAAAUUGAAGAAACCGAGCUGAAUGAAGGCGUAGCUAUGAACUGCAGUGCGCAAAUUGUAGUUGAAGGUGAAGACAACCAGGAAGACUUCUGGGAACCAGAUGAAGAGAAGUCCAAAAUGUCUACCCAGAGAUUGUCUUGUACUGUUGAUCCUUGUAGGGAAGACUGGGGUAAUAGUUCUUCGGAUGAGGACAUGGAAAACUACAUCAACUUCACUCGCACGGUGGUUACUUGCAAGGCUCAAAGGGAUGCAUCUCAGUCAUCUACAUCUCCAUCUCCAUCUUUAAGGCAGAUUUCACAACUUGAUGGUGUGGAUGAUGGGACAGAGAGUGAUACAAGUGUGGCUAAAAAUGAUAACCAGGGUGUGAAAUUGUCAAAUCAAGGCCAAAAGCCACACAAACCGCUCAACGCUGUGCCUCAUGAACAGACCGCUAGCAAUAGGCUAUGUUUGGCAUUUCCAAGUCCUGUUUCUGAUAUUUCUUCAAUUCAGUUAGAACCCAUGUCCAACUCAGAGACUGUUGCUUAUCAAGAUUCUUUUGGUGUAACUCAAACAUUGCAAUCAAACCCUACGGUGGCUGUACACACACAAGACACACAGACUAAUUUUGUUGACCUAAAGCCUUCAAACUCUGCAUUUUCUUCAUAUGGUAAUGAUUACCAAGCCCCUCAUUUAAUAAUAGAACCAGAGACACCCUUAAUUCUUGAGAGAUGUGAUCCUCUUUCACCAAAUGCCCAUUUCACAGAGUUGGUCCCAGUCCAGGAUUCCCUGAGUGACCCACCGGACUCUAAAGAAUUGUACUUGGAUCCUAGUAGUGGCCAUUUUGUGUCAUCUAUGGCUGACUCUAGAGUUUACCAAAACAACCACUUGCAAGAUGAUUCUCCUGACCUAAUGGAAGUUAAUGGAAUUCAGAAUCUACAGCAACAAAAUCCUGUUCCUUUCACAGUGUUACCUAAAUCUGCAUCAUUUUCUGAACUUUUAUCUUCUGAUUCCUCUGCACAUGUUUCUUUUGCAACAUUCCCAAAUCAGACACCUUCUGCAAAUGUUUCCUUGUUCCCUGUUCAAACUCCUGAGGGUAAGACGGUCUUGCCACCCAUGGAGAGUUUCAGAACCAAAUUACACCCAACUGCUGAACCAAGGCAUCCUGUCCCUUCAGUUCCUGGAGGGGAAAUGCCAUGUGUUCCCACAAAUUUGCCACAGAAACCAGAGUCUAUGCUGUCUGUACCAUCAGCCACUGGUGUACCCCUUGGGACUUAUGGGCCAGUUUCGGGUACAGUGUCUGUCCCGUUGCAUCCCACUUACCUGCAGCCUAUCGGCUCUACAACAGUUGGCAUAGUCUCCACCUCCUCCUCUGUAACUUCUCAACCAUCAGCUCAGUGCCAAGCAAUGCCUUCUGCUAUUCAGCCAGUCUCUGCUCCAGGUGUCAUCAAUGGGUACAACACCACACCUAUGCAAAGAGAAACAGCUCUAGGACGAACAAUUUCCAUCAAUUUUUCAACCCCCAGAUCAACAAUUGAACCCCAACAACAGUUGGUUACCCAAGCAUUACCAGGUCAUGCUAUUCUUACCGUAAAGGAGGUUGGUGGACCCAAUGUGGAUCCUACACCACAUGUUUUACUUGUUAAUCGUCUUGGUCAGAUUUUUGUCAAAAACCCUGAGAGCAACACCUUCCAGCUACCGACACCAAAUUCCCCUUCAUAUAACUGUGUUACUCAAAUCGCCAGCCUCUUGCAAAGCAAUGCCUUAUCGGCAACACUUGCAGCAGCUGGGAACUUGACCCCAGUUGCAGGUGCCACCAUUCCAACCCAAGUCCCCCAAAUUGUGACCCCACUGGUACAGACCUCCAACACCAUUACACAGCUACUUACCACUAGUACUAAUGGAGCAGCUUCAAUACCAGCAGAUGUGAAAAAGCCACGUAGGAAUGCCAAAGCUUCUGGAGAUAGAUUGAAAAAACCAAGGAAUAAGGAGAAUAAGGAGUCUUCUACACCUAGAAGGACGAAGUCUGCUAGCACACAUGGCCCUUCUAGCAAACAAUCUACGAGCCAAAUAGUAACAUCCUCAGAUAUAUCUAAUCAAGCAGAUUGUGCCCAAGCUAUCAUCAACCAAGCUAUGGCUGGAUAUUAUGAUCCCAACAAGACUGUUUCCCUAAUUCCCUCAUCACCUCGUAACACUACCAUUAUUGGGCAAACUCAGACAACAAGUUCAGUUUUACCAGAAGGACUCCUUGUCGAACCAGAGAUGAAGGCUUCCCCACCAGCGACACCAGAAGCAGCACCUCGACCAAAACAGGUUCGAAUGAAAAGAGUGUCCUCUUUAUCUGACCGUUUUACCACCAAGAAAUCAAAAUCUGACUUUUUAGACCUGGACCGCCCUAGUGGAUUGGAAGAACCACGCAAGUCAAACUCCGUAUCAGCCAGGUAUGGAGUUCGCAUUAAAACCCCAACCAUCAAGGGAAUUCUAGACUGUGACAAGCUGAAUGAAGAGCGAAGUAGUGACUCUGAGAGUGCAAGGCCUGGACCUUGGGAUCGUCUUUCGUUGCCUCGUGGUGGAGACAGCAACAAGCCAGCAACCUGGGAUCCUACUAACCGUAAUGCACUGUCUGACUGGAACAAAUACUCGGGGAUGCUGUCCUGUUCAGAUGAUGAGAUGCCUCCCUCAGAUGGUGAAGAGCAUAGUCCUCCCAGCCGAGACCAGCCCCACCUACGCUUUGAGAUCGCUAGUGAUGACGGCUUCAGUGUAGAAGCAGACAGUAUCGAGGUUGCUUGGUCCGCUGUUAUCGAGGGAGUCCAGGAGGCCCGUGCUGUCGCUGGCCUGAGGCAGCUUACUUUUUCUGGGAUGAGCGGGGCACGUGUGAUGGGAAUGCUGUACGAUGCCAUAGUCUACCUGGUGGAACAGCUCCAGGGGGCCAAUCGCUGCCAGCGCCACACCUUCCGCUUCCACAAGCAAGCCAGUCAGGAGGAAGAUCUGCCCGUUAACCCAAGUGGCUGUGCCCGCUCUGAAGUCUACCUAAGGAAGUCUACCUUUGAUAUGUUCAACUUCCUGGCGUCACAGCAUAGACAGCUUCCUGACACCGACCUGUAUGAUGAGGAGGAGGAUGAGGUUCUUCUCAAAUCCACCAGGCGUGCAACAAGUUUGGAGCUUCCGAUGGCCAUGCGCUUUAGACAUCUAGAGAAGACAUCCAAGGAAGCGGUUGGUGUCUACAGGUCUGCGAUUCAUGGAAGAGGUCUGUUCUGCAAGCGAAACAUCGAGGCAGGAGAGAUGGUCAUUGAGUAUUCAGGCAUUGUCAUUCGUUCUGUUCUUACAGACAAGAGAGAGAAGUAUUAUGAUGGCAAGGGCAUUGGUUGCUAUAUGUUCCGCAUCGACGACUUUGACGUGGUAGACGCCACGAUGCACGGUAACGCGGCGCGGUUCAUCAACCACUCCUGUGAGCCAAACUGCUACUCUCGAGUCAUCAACGUGGAGGGUCAGAAGCACAUAGUCAUUUUCGCUUUGCGGAAAAUCUACCGUGGAGAGGAGCUGACCUAUGAUUACAAGUUCCCCAUAGAAGAUGCCAGCAACAAGCUCGGCUGCAACUGUGGUGCUAAGCGCUGUCGGCGCUUCUUAAACUGAAGAGCAGUGCUGGAGAAGUCGAUGGAGUUUGACGGGUAAAAACGGUGGACCGAGGCUUGACGGGUAAAGGGGGUCCAUGCUGAAGGUUUCAAAGCUUAACAGUCACCACUUUAAUGUCAAAGUCGUUCAACAGGCACAUACAAGCGCCACCAACUGUUGUGGAGCCAUUCACGCCCUUCAACCAGGAUUCCUCCCGAUCAGUUGACAUUCAGUCCAGUAGAGCAGAUGAGAUGGGAGCAUGAGUGAUGAUGUCUGGUAACACGGCCAAGGCCUUUUCAAGAGCAUUUCCCACCAUGCUGCAUCAUCUUUGCUUUAUUAAAAGUUUUAUCGGAAUGUUAGUGGGUUUUGAAAUGAGUCUCGGUUUCGGUCGUAGCAUUUUUUUUUUUUUAACUUGGCACGAAUAUUGAACUCUAGGCAGAGUCCUUGUAUAUUUUGCAACAAAAUUGUGACUACUCUUAAAUUAUUUACGCAGGCUUUUUUAUGCUUUCCAAAAGCUGGAACACGCUGCCAAGAGUUUGGGCGUUCUGUUGCAAUGAAUAACCUGUAAGUUCCAAACAACCUCCCUUUUUCUCCACCCUUGAGCUGACCUCAAAGUGCUGGAUUCUUACGAUCUGAACAAAAUCACCUCUGUGCUUGAGAAGCAUUUUACUGUGCGGACCACAUAGUGUGUGAAAGCUUAGCGGCAGUGAAGAUACUGUAAAAACAUGCAUAUUACUAAUGAAAUGAUGUGAACGUAUUCAGAUCUGUAUCUUAUCAAUUUUAUUUUAGAUCACACUUUCGUGUUUAGCUUAGAAAGACUCCCACUUCUCAGGACAACACUGUAAACCCCUCAGAUGGCAGUCAGUAAGAGACUCUGUUGCGUUUUACACUUGUCUGUGACCGCUUUCUUUCGCUUAAACUCUUUUAAUCUACUCAAAGGCUUUAUUUUUAAUAAUUUAUUUUCGUUGUAUUUUUACAGUCAGGUCUGACUUUUCAUUCUGUUUUUGUGGGCUUGUUCUCUGGUGUAACUGUAUAAGCGUUUUUUUAAACUUGACCUCCUCCAUGGUGCUAAGCCCAACAUGAAUCCUAAAGAGGAUCAAAUCCAUACUUCCUCUGUUUCAUGUCAUGUCAGAGAUCCGAUGCGAGCUGGAGUUGAUGCACCCUGUUACUAAAAUAGCAAAGCCAACCAUACACGCUUUCCAACAAUGAGCCCAUAAAUGUCAAUGAUGUGUUGAAAUUCGGAGUACUCAUAAGCGGCAACGCUUUAGCAUGUUUGUGCUUUUUAUACCUCUUGAGAGACUUGUGUCGAAACAAAAUCAUGCCUGAGUGGAUAUUUGUGUUUCUUUUCGUCGUGUAGUAGAAGACACUACAUAAGCUAAUCGUGACUAAACGCAUCCUCAUUGCGUCAAGGUUUGAUGACGUUGUGGAUUGUUCCUGCAAUAAAUCAUUUUUUGCCACAAUUGCACAUACAAUUGGAGCUCUACAUUUAUCUAGGGAGUUAGAAACUGCUUAAAGUGUCCUAGAGACGUAGGAGCGUGAAGGCGAUGUAUACUGGUGACUUACAAAAUCUAUACAUAUAUAUAUAUAUUUAUAGAAGAGUUAUUGAAACAGUUUUUCAGUAGACGGUGGCACUCGGCACCUUCAUUUUCCUUGAAAGAUUUGGAAGUUGGUUCUCUUCUUCAUGCAGGAGAAAAAUCAACAAGCUGAUGCCGUCGUUCGGACUGCGAUUCGGGUUCGGGUGUUCUGUUUAUUCCCGUUUAACUUUAUGGGAGUUUUUACCCAAAGGUCUGUGCUUUUUGUAUGUGACCAAGGUCUUAUCAGAGUUUUCUUCAGG